ACGGGAGCCGGCUGCGUCUGCGCACGGCGUCGCCGUCGCCCCGCCUCUUGCUCCGCUCACCUGGUGCGCGGGGCUGAAUGGCCUGCAGGGUCGCUGCCCGCCCGGGAGGAGUCGGCGGUUUCUCAGCGCCGCGGACCCGGGUAACUCGCCCUCCCUCGGCCAGAAACUCUCCGCCUGGGGCCGCGCGGGAGGAGCGGCGCCUCUGAGCGGAGCGGCGACCCCGCCGGCCCCGGUCUCUUUCCCUGGCGGCGGCGGCGGCUUCUUCGGUGGGACAAUAUGUUCAAGAGAAUGGCCGAAUUUGGGCCUGACUCCGGCGGGAGAGUGAAGGGGGUUACUAUCGUUAAACCAAUCGUUUAUGGUAAUGUUGCUCGAUAUUUUGGAAAGAAAAGAGAAGAAGAUGGGCACACCCAUCAGUGGACAGUAUAUGUAAAGCCAUAUAGAAACGAGGAUAUGUCAGCAUAUGUGAAGAAAAUCCAGUUUAAAUUACAUGAAAGCUAUGGCAAUCCUCUAAGAGUUGUUACAAAGCCUCCAUAUGAGAUUACUGAAACAGGAUGGGGUGAAUUUGAAAUAAUCAUCAAGAUAUUUUUUAUUGACCCUAAUGAAAGACCCGUUACCCUGUAUCAUUUGCUAAAGCUGUUUCAAUCUGAUACCAAUGCAAUGCUAGGGAAAAAAACAGUGGUUUCAGAGUUCUAUGAUGAAAUGAUAUUUCAAGAUCCAACAGCAAUGAUGCAGCAAUUAUUAACAACAUCUCGUCAGCUAACGUUAGGAGCCUAUAAGCAUGAAACAGAGUUUGCAGAACUUGAAGUGAAAACCAGAGAAAAAUUAGAAGCUGCCAAGAAAAAAACAAGCUUUGAAAUUGCAGAACUUAAGGAGAGAUUAAAAGCAAGUCGUGAAACUAUAAAUUGUUUAAAAAAUGAAAUCAGGAAACUUGAAGAAGAUGAUCAGACGAAAGACAUAUAAACAGCUCUGAAGAGAACUUGGUAGUAAGCUAAAUAAGGUGGUCUUUAAUGGAGAAACGGACUUUUAAUGCAACUACUGUGGGUUUCUUAGAGGAGCUGCAUGUGCUUUUGUAGACCAUGGAUUUCUCAUUGAUACUGUAGAGCAGUCUUUGAUGGAAAAUAGUUGUGUGUAAGAAUGGAUGCUGGGCAGGCAUUCACCAACCCAUCUUAGGGAAAUUCUACAAUGUAAAGCACAAUUUUAAAAAACUUUUAUUGCAGUAUAUGUAUAGCUUAUUAUUAUCCUUUUGACAGGCAUCAAAAUGUCAUAAAGUAUAGCUUGUACAAAUUUUAUACUUCUCUAGUAGUAAGAAUUAGUGAUACAAUUAAUGUGUAUAUUUAAUUUCUUCAAGUUCUUAUCUGCCUUCAUUCUACCUCUUUUGGAUAUAAUGUACCCAGAAAGUAUUCAGUAAAUGGAGCUGACAGGUCCUGUUUCUGCCUCUUGAUAUGUUUCUUUUUCUUUAAAGACUUUCUGGAACUCUCGCAGUACAAUUAACUUAUCU